AUGAAAAUGUCGUCCCCUAAUGACACACGUGGCGCUAAAGCAGAUCUACCCAGUGUACCCCAAAAUCAGGAAGAAGACUGCUCGCAUCUACCAAAAACCGAACUUUUGCUUCGUCAAGAUCCACGAGGAAGAAGAAUUGGAGUGAAAACAGAGCCAAAUGUUGCCGCGCAGGUUAUCCGUCAUUUUGGAGGCCUAGGAUCCGACACGAACACUGUGACUAACGAGCUCUUGCCCACUCUCAAGGUCCAAACGGAUAAGGAAGUCUACAGGCCCGGCGAUCCCAUUAUCAUCACCAUAGAGAUUUCGAACCCUAGCAGCAAUGACGGUACGGCUUAUUCGCUCUUGAUCGAACGUCUGGGGUUUGAGAUUAAAGGGAUUGAGAAGCUCGAUUCCCAGUGGUUCGCCACGCAGAAACCCACGUCUGGAUCUAAACAGAGAAGAGAUGUGGUGCGGUCAUUCCUGGCUAGCAUUAUACCACCAUCAUAUAAAGGUGCUACCAUUCGCUAUAUGUACUAUGUUAGAAGUACAAUGUCUGGCCAAUGGCUGAUACUGGAAAAUGCUCAUUCUCGUGGAGAAUCAAUCAAAGAUUUUCCUGAAAUGGAGGCUCGUGUCCCAGUACAAGUAUGGGUCACUCAGAAAACCAGUGGCUUGGUGAUGGAAGAAGGUCAAAGUGAUGGGAUUGUUCCUUCUGUAACCAUCCAAAUGGAUAUGUAUUGGAAAGAGAUGGAUGUGGACUCUGAUUGGGUGAGAGCAAAUGAUACAUAUGAUGGGGUUGAGGAAGGCUAUGAAAGCUCAAGGGAUGAGAUCUCAUCUGUUUCUUCAUACAAUCCCAUGAAAGAAAAUAUAAACAGAACCUUCGGAAGUUCGCUAUCCUUGCAAUCAGCAAGGUCUUCGAAUAAGGAUAGCCCAUAUCUUGAAGGAGAGCGCACAAGUUUAUCUUCAAAUCUAGCACUCCCACAGCUCUCUGUGGCCGAAGUCUUAUACGAUACUGGGGCUGAUCUUUCAUUGCCCCUGAAUUCAUCUGCUAUUGGCUCUCCAAGCCAGCAACAGAAACUUACAAAGCGCCUUUCUUUGGAUGAUGAAGCAAGGGCAUCUUCUUCACCGGAAUCUGGAGCUGUUGAAACAUUAGCAUCAGAAGGCUUUAGUCGAGGGAGGUCAUACAAUAUCCGGCUGGAUGACCAAGUUCUGCUUAGAUUUUCCCCAAAAAAUUCUGAUUCUAAUUAUUACUUCAGUGAUAUGAUUGGUGGGACUCUUACUUUCUUUCAUGAAGAAGGAGCUAGAAGGUGCCUCGAGGUUUCUAUAACGUUGGAGACUUCGGAAACUAUUAGUCGGCGAUUUGUCCAUCCUUCUCGGAAGAAUUCCCCCACAAUUACAAAGAUUCAGAGUGAUCAUUACGAGGUCGUUUCAGAUUUGGUGCAGACAAGUUUUCUUUUUUCCAUUCCUAUGGAUGGGCCUAUGUCUUUUACCACUCCUCAUGUAUCUGUACAAUGGGUCCUUCGAUUUGAAUUUUUUACCACUCCGAAGAAUGUGGAUUGGACCAGGUACGAGCAUCCUCUUCUGAUAGAGGGAAGAGAAAAAAGUGAGUGGGUUCUCCCAAUCACUGUGCACGCACCUCCAGCUGUGGGACCCACUGGUCAUCCCCGAAAUGAGAAGGCUCUCUUUGGAACCCUUGGGGGUUUUUGUGUCACCCAGGUUGACAUAUUGAGCCGUUUGAAAUUCAAGCUACGUCCAAAUUGUGGAUCAAAACCUGUUAGUCCAAUUGGGGCCCUGGUGGCUCAGCCGACAUCUUGUUCCUCUGGAAAAAUGUCCAGUGAAUGCUGA